AUGGAUACGAUAGAUGAGGCCAGCAUCUACAAAGUGCUGCUAGAUCUUGUCUGCGUUUUGCACAACGUGGAGUACGUUGUUCAGCUGUUGGUGACAAUCUACUGCCUCGGCGUCCUUCGCAGGGCUAAUCGACUUCAUAUCCACUUUAGGAGUGUCAUAGUAUGCGCUCGCUGAAUUACUGAUUUAUGUUUAGGCGGUUACUGUAAUCAGCGUUGCCUUUGCACAUCUGGGACGCAAACUAUGCAAGGAAAUUGCAAUGAUUGGACUUCCAGACGUGUUAACUCAGAAUUACAUUUGUUGCGUACUGUCGACUUUGCAUAUCUGUGCAAUAACCACCACAAUAUUUUCGAUUUGCGCUACAGGACUGGAAAGGUUUAUUGCUUCAAGGUCUAUGAACACAUAUGAGGAAAUAGGGCACCCCAAAACUUUGAUGGUUGCUGUGGUGGUCCCAAGCCUUAUUUUUGGCACAGUCCUCAAUUACUUUUCAACGCUACGAUACAUUAAUCUGGAGGAACAUCCGCGAGGCCAGCUGUUUAUCAUUUUUGACAAGAACAUUGCAUUGGCGACUCUUGCAUUCUUCUGCGGUCUUGUUUGCACUGGAACUGGCGGCAUUGUGAGUGAUACAACAAUCGUCUAGAUGCAACUAAUCUUUACAGAUUCAUAUGCUUUGUAACCGCACGUCUGUGAAACAAUUCAGGGCCGGAGUAUCGCUGUCUGAGAGGUUCCAAAGCCGAGAGGUCAUUGUGUCGUCAAGUGUGCUCACUAAAAUAGCGAUUUUGUUUCUGGCCACUUGCUCUUUAGGAUUGUUUUACAGUUCCCUAAGGCUCAUCAACUUUGGGCAUACUGGCAAUGGGAGUAAUCUUGAUCUGCUACUUGUUGAAGUAAGAAAAUAACCUUUUGUUCAAAGUAAAAAAUAACAUUAGUUGGGCUACAUACAAAUCGACAUUACCGCACCUAUCGUUUUGAUUUACUUCUUGAUUUCACACCGAUACCUUCGGGGUAUCGUCAGAAAGGAUGCUAUUUGGCUUCUCGGGUUGAAAAUGGCCGACAGAAUUGUCAAAACAGAUGAGACUCUAACAAUACCUCAAACGGAUUCCUAUUUUCAGCAUAUGGAGGAUUUGUGGAGUGUAAGAUACACAAAACUCUAAUUUUCUUUUGAUUUAGGCCCCUCAUUCGUCUCGCCGUAAAGCCUCGUUUGUUCCGAAGAGAGUUUCGGACAGUUUUAGCACGCAAACCGUCGUGGAAACCAUCAAAUCGCAAGGCAGGAAGUUCAGUGUUCGGUUUGUCGAUAUUUUGUAG